AACUGACGCGUAUGGGCGGGGCGAGUAGGGCGGCGGGAAACGGUGCUGCGGGCUGCAGAGAGAUACCCCGGGCAGCCUACGCCUCGUUCCGCGCGCGCACCUGUCUCGGGGCAGCGGCGGGGAGCAGAGACCCCCCAUGGCCUCCCCACCAAGGGUUGGGGUGAAGCGGGCGGCAAGUGAUGGGGCCUUGGGGCCCCCUGGGAAGAAGGUGGCGCAGGAGGAGGAGGCCACGCGUCCCGCCAUCAAGUUGCCCUCCCUGGGAAAGGACUGUGAUGGGAAUAAGAGUCCUCGCCUGGCUGACCCCGUGGCCUUCACCCCAAAUAAGCCCAAGCCCCUGGGGGCCAAGCCAGAGCCUGCCCCCAAGCCAAAGGGGCCCGACAGGAGAGAGGAGUUGGAGCAGGGGGACAAGAGGCUGGAAAGCUUGAACCAGGACCUGAUGAAGAAGAACCAGCACCUGCAAGACCUGGCCACGCAACUGGUGAAGGAGACCUGCUCCAUCGCUCUGGAGUACUGGGACCUGAAGGACAAGGUGAUGUCUUCCGAGACCACGGUGCGGGACAUCGAGGCCAUGGUGAAGAACCUGCAACAGGACAUCAAGAAGCACGUGGAGCUGCAGGUUGAGAUGUGCUGCUCGGAGACCAAGCUGCCGGGUAUGGAGACCACAGUAGAGAACCUCCAACGAGACAUCAAAAGUCAGUACAAGUGGGAUAAGAAGCUCGAAAAGCAGCUGGCCAAGGCCUUGAAGCAGAUGAAAAAGAACUUGUGGAGGCUGUGGCUCUGUGUCAGGAACAAGAUCUGCCCCGGUCCAGCUGAGCCGGCGGCCCCCGCCCCCAAAAAGCCAAGGUCUGAAUCCCUGGGGCCUGACCUGGAUCAGCCAGACCGGAGAGAGGAAUUGGAGCCGCUGGAUGAGGGGCCAAAAAGCUCAAACCAAGACCUGAAGGAGACAAAGUAUGUGCUGAAGAAGUACUGCCGCAUCUCGCUGGAGUUCGUGAAGCUGCAGGACACAGUGAAGAAAUCGAAGACGAAGCUGCUGGACCUGAGGUCCCUGGUGGAGGACCUGCAGUGCGACAAGAGGAAAGAGCUGGACGAGAACAUGCAGGGGUUGCUGCAGCACAGUGAUGGGGAUGGUACCCGCCUUGGCCUGGUUGAGCCCACGGCCCCCACCCACGAGGAGCCCAGGCCUGAGCCCCUGGGGGCCAGGCAAAGGCCUGCCCCUGCCCUUGUGGGGCCUGAUCAGAGAGCACCACGAGCUCCAACUAACUGGAGACUUGGCAAGCUUCUGGGUCAGGGUGCAUUUGGCAAAGUAUAUCUAUGCUAUGAUGCUGAUACAGGAAGAGAAUUGGCAGUUAAACAAGUUCAGUUUGACCCCGACAGUCCAGAAACCAGCAAGGAAGUAAAUGCACUUGAAUGUGAGAUUCAGCUGCUGAAAAACCUGCUCCAUGAGAGAAUUGUUCAGUAUUAUGGCUGCUUGAGGGAUCCCCCGGAAAGAACCCUCUCCAUAUUCAUGGAGUACAUGCCAGGGGGGUCUAUCAAGGACCAGUUAAAAGCAUACGGAGCGCUCACAGAGAACGUGACCCGAAAAUACACCCGACAGAUUCUGGAGGGAGUUCACUACUUGCACAGAAAUAAGAUUGUACAUAGAGAUAUUAAAGGAGCAAAUGUUCUGCGAGAUUCAGCAGGCAAUGUGAAGCUUGGAGAUUUUGGUGCCAGCAAACGACUUCAGACUCUCUCUCUCUCUGGUAUGGGAAUGAAGUCGGUCACAGGGACUCCAUACUGGAUGAGUCCUGAAGUGAUCCGUGGAGAAGGGUAUGGCAGAAAAGCAGAUAUCUGGAGCGUAGGUUGUACCGUGGUAGAAAUGCUCACUGAGAAACCCCCGUGGGCAGAGUUUGAAGCAAUGGCUGCCAUAUUUAAAAUUGGCACCGAGCCAACAAACCCACAGCUGCCACAUGACGUCUCGCACCACGCUCAGGAUUUCCUGAAGUGGAUUUUUAUUGAGGCCAAGCUGCGACCAUCUGCAGAUGAACUGCUAAGGCACACAUUUGCACAUUAUCACUGACAGCCUGCCUCAGCCCAGCUUGCAUCUACUGCAUUUAUUUUCUAAGAAAGCAGACAAGAGUAGAAAAACCUGCUGCCAAGACUUCUGAGAAGACUCCAGGCAAGAGCCCUUCAAAAAGUCCAGCAAAGUCACCUCAAAGAAGUCCUUCCAGAUCAAUACGAUUGCUAUUUACAAUAUAAGUACAUUUAAUGUAGCUAUAUUACUCAUCUAUAAUUGAUUGAGUACAUAAUUCUGGGGUAUUUUUGGGUAAGAUAGGGCAUCAGGCCUGGGUUCAGGAACCAAUCCCCCAUUUAUAACAUUGUUUCUUGUGAGAAAAUUGGUUCUGAGUUGCAAUGUUUCGACUUAAAACGUGGUUUUCAGGAACCAAUUUUGUCCUAAGUCCAAGGACCGCCUGCAUUUAGAAGAAGGAUCUUUUCCCCCCUACCAGGACCAGAACCGUUUUAUUUCUACCGUGUACUGAUGUGGUCGUAUUACAGAUCCCCACCAGGCCUGUGUGAAAGGGUUAUGUUUCGUUUUGAUUUUGGCGUUUCGGAGGGACAGUGAUUCAUUUCGGUGUUUUGGAUCACUGUCUCGUUUCGGCUCAGCUGAAUCAGUUGUGGAGUUUCAAGGGUGUUUUGGCCAUAGGCUAUAAUGGGGAAUCACGAACAUGCCUGUAACCUUGUCAUUUCUUGUCUGAUUCAGAUGAAAAUCGCAGGGAUGCUAGCCCCUUCUGAGGGCAUGAAGGGAGGUAGGUGCAGGGUUUUUUUGUGAAACUGCACCUCAAACUGUUCAAAUCAAAACUAGUAUCAGUUGUUGGCAGUGGCAGCCUGCUGUCAUCCCGCACGCGGAUUCGGGGUCUCGCCUUCCCCCCCGCAAGAGUCUGACAGCCCCCGCAUCUUUCUGGAGGGACGCGGGUCUCUGGAUCUGUGUGCAGGAUGACGGCAGGCUGCUGCUGCUGGCUGAGGCCAGCACCGGUACUCGGCCCUUCCUGGCACUCGGCGCAGGAUGCACCAAACAGACUCAAGUGCUGAUAUUGGUCUCAGCCGGCAGCGGCAGCCUGCCGUCAUCUACACGCUCCACAGCCAGUGGAUCUUUUGUUAGACCAGUAGUUGGAAAAGUAUUUAUGAACUUGUUUUUUAAGAUACUAUGUUUAGCUGGUAUAAUUAUAGUUUCAUAGUAGCUAGGGUCAGGAGGGACCUGACCAGAUCACCUAGCCUGACCCCCUGCCACAGGCAGGAAUGAACGCUGGGUUCACAAGACCCCAGACAGGUGAUCGUCCAACCUCCUCUUGAAUUUGCCCAAGGUAGGGGCGAGGACCACUUCCCUGGGAAGUUGGUUCCAGAUUUUGGCCACCCUAACUGUAAAAUAUUGCUUUCUGCUCUCCAACCUAAACCUAUCCUCCAUCAGCUUGUGACCACUGUUCCUCGUCACCCCAGGUGGUGCUGGGGAGAAAAGGGCUCUGCCUAUUUGCUGUUGAUCCCCCUGAUGAGUUUGUAGGCAGCCACCAGGUCCCCCCUUAGCUUCCUCUUGUGGAGGCUGAACAGGUCCAGGUCCCUCCAUCUCUCCUCGUAGGGCCUGUCCUGCUGCCCCUGAUCAUGCAGGUGGCCUCCUCUGAACCCUCUCCAUGCUGUCCACAUCCCUCCUGAAGUGCGGCGCCCAGAACUGGACGCAGUACUCAGCUGCGGCCUGACCAGUGUCGCAUAGAGGGGGAGCAUCACCUCUCUGGACCGGCUUGAGAUGCACCUUUGGAUGCAUGACAAGGUCUGGCUGGCCUUGCUGGCUGCGGUCUGGCAUUGGCGGCUCAUGUUCAUCUUGGAGUCAGUAAUGACUCCGAGAUCCCUCUGUGCUUUCAAGAGGGGAACUCCCCAGCCUGUAUUAAAUACAUAAAAGCUUUGAAAGAUAAUUUACUAGAUAAGUAUAUUUUCAGCUGGCUGAUGAUCAGAAACUAUUUUUUUAAUUUUGUUUUUAACCAUUCAGAAUGUAUUUGUAUUUCCAAGAGUGGACACACGUUGUUGUAUUGUAUUUUCAGGUACCCCUUGGAUGGACAACUGUGAUUUCUUUUGUAUGAAUUUUUGUAAUAAAAAGUGCUGAAUCCAUCAGAGAAAGGGGCUCUGAA